ACGAACAGCACUCGAGAACAGUUAGCAGCGUGCGCAGCACAUUUUUAACAGAAUUUUCUUGAAGCAAGCAGGCAUUCGUGAAUUCUAAUACUGAAAAUGUACCAGUUCUAUCUGUGAUCGUUCCUAAUGAAUCAGAUUUUGACAAGAAUCAGAUUUUGGCAAAAAAAAAAUAUAAUUAAAAUAAUUAACAAAUCACAACAACAUACAAUUAAAGAAAAUAGACACAAUGAGUAAAAAUACAAAAACGGAUAAAGAAAUAGACAAGACGACUGAAAAUACAGGAGCAGAAGGAGAAAUAGGGAGAAUGUGUGAAAAUAUAGAAGCGGGAGAAAAGAAUGAAGAAGACGCAAAAAAUUAUGUAAAAAAGGGCCAAGCGAUGAGUAAGAGUACGCAAGUGGAUAAAAAGAUUGAGAAAAUGAGCGAAAAUAAAGAGACGAGCAAAAAAAUACCACAGAUGAGUGGAGAAAGAACAGAAGAUAAAAACGAAGAUGAGGAUGACGAUGUUUACAUUUCUGAAUUAUGUUGCCAUUUCGUGUUAGUACCAGAAAAUAUAGAAUCGGACAAGGAAAAUAGCGAAGAGAAAAGAGAAAAAAUAAAAGAGAUAGAAAGAACAGAGGAGGUGAAUAAAGAUACAGAAAAUAAAAUGAUCGAGGGAGAUGAAGAGGAUAAAGAUGAUAAGCAGGACGAAGGAAAACAUAUAAUUGAGAUGGAAGAAAUGGCGGUAGGAAUUGAUAAGGGAGCAGACUUGAAAGCGAUCAUAGAAAUGAUAGAUGAUAAAGAUGAAAAGGAGGAAGAUGAGAAAGUUGAAAUGGACGACGAGAAAGAUGAAAAGUUUAACGAUUGGAUUGAAAAUACGCCGCUGCUGUACAGAUUGAUGAUAUACUUUAUACAAAUGUAUAAAGAAUUGAACAAAACAAAAAUGAAAAAAAAUAAAAAAGACAAAACCGAGGAAAAUAUAAAAGCAAUCAAACAAAUACAGAAAGUAAUAGAAAAUAUAAAGGAAACUCAAGACACAGAAAAAACAAAAAAAUAUACAGGAGCAAUCAAAAGAGUAAGGAAAGUGAGUGAAAAGACUAAAACGGACAAAAAAAUAGACCAAAUGAGUAAAGAUAUAAAAGAUAAAAAGCACGAAGAAGAUGAAGAGGACGACGUAUAUAAGAAUCACCAAGCUCUUUUCGAUCCAAUUGGACAAAAUAUAGAAACAACCAGAGAAACAAUAAAGACAAGUGAAAAUACAAACAUUGAUAAAAAAAUACAAGAAAUCAAAGAAAUGAUGAAAAUUGAUGCAAAAUUGAACAAGAAAAUAGAAGAACAAAACAAAAAACUAGAAGAACAAAACAAAAAAUUAGAAGAUAUAACUAAAAAAACAGAAGAUAUAACAGUAUUACUGAGCAAAAUAAUUUCAAUUUUAUAGAAUACGAGCAAACAGGAAGCGACGACACACAAAUGCGAUGAAGAUUUCAAAGCCAAGGAAAUGACAACAGCAGGCAAAGAGGAG